AUGAAUAAAAUCUCAGAAAAAGUUAAAAAACAAAAGUUGUUGGAAGAUUUAUUGAACAAAACAAACAUUGAUGAUUUUCCUAAAACACCAAACGAUAAAGAUGACACUGAUUCUACUAUACUUCCAAAAACCUACGAAGAUUUUCAUGAGGAGUUUUCAACCUAUUUUAAAACAAGUAUUUCAUCGUUGCUACCAAUCGAGAAUCGUUUACUAGAAUUGGAAAACACGUUAAAACAAUAUGCACAAGCAUUUUUGAGAGAUGAAAAUGACGCGUUCAUUCUACGGAAAAAACAAACUAAACACGAUUUAUUAGAUGAACAAUUAAGUCAGAUCGAAAUAAGCAACGAUAAUGAAUUAAAUGCAAUAUUAAAACGGCGAAAGCUACUGCUAGAAAUGAGUGGUGAGACUGAGAAAUCAAGGUAUACAGUAGAAAAUUUAAUAUACAACAGUUUUCGGAAUGAUAUUUAUAAUAAAUGGUCAGAGAAUGUUGAUGUCCUCGAUAUUUUGAACAAAGUAACAUCAACACAGGACUUUAGAGCAGGUUUUCUACAGCCAUGGAAUGAUAUUAUACGCCGUGAAUCAAGUCAAAAUUUGCUUAUCGAUGCCUUUUGGUAUAUUUAUUUAAAAUACUUUAUAAAAUCAGAUGAAAUGGAAGAAGAGUGUGAAGCAUAUUUCUCAAGAAUAGCUGAUAAUUAUGUUAAACUAUUACUUUCAGUUGAACCAUGGUUUCGUGAUAAAUUUUUCAAUAUUUAUCCCUCAUAUUUGUCUCAAGCUAUUUACAUGGCCUUUUUUGACACAUUUCCAGAUAGUAGAAUGAAUUUAACCGAUAAAUUUAAAGAAUAUAUUUCUAGUAUAAUUUCUGAAUGGAUUUCAGGUACGCAAGCGACAGCAGAUGCCUAUAAAAAUUGGACGAUUAAAGUUGAUUCCACAAUGGUUGCCAACGUACAAGAACAUACUGUUUCUUCGUCGAAUGAUAUUUUUCAAAAAAUUGCGCGAUUAGAAGAAGAAUUAGAACUACUUGGUGAAGAACAAAAUGAAAAUAUGAAAAGUUCACGUUCAGCACGUUCAAGUGCAAAAACAACGACCAAAAAGGAUUCUUUAUUAUUUUUGGAUAAUGUUGUUGACAUAGAAAAUGAAUUAUUUAAUCUAAAUACUCAAAGUGCUUUAGUCACACAUUAUCUUCAAAAACAACAUAUUCAAGAUACAACGCCAAGAUCGGGAAGACAAGUUAAACGCACACAAAUACGUGGUUGGAAUACUCAUCGAUAA